UAGAUUAUUGGAAAACAAAUGGAGUUGUUGGCUGUCACGUUGUCUCAAAAAAGAACGAAUCGACAAAGGAUAUGGGAAGAUAUUGAUGAAGAGAAAACUCAGUUUAAGCGUUUGAUGUUGUCUGAGUUGAGAGAUCGAGGUUUUAUGGAAAGCGAUGCAGCUCAGUUGUAUGAAAAACAGUUUCAAGAAACAGUGAACAGUACGACACCUCGAACAGCAACUGAAGACAACCCUUCGUUUUAUCGUACUGUGAAGAAAAGGAAUAUUGUCAAAUUGGCAAAUCCUGCAGUUGACUCUCCAAAGGUUGUUAUGUCCCGUGGAGAAGAGGAAUGGAAGCGUAUUACGGAAUUGUUAUGUUCCAAAGACUUGAAGAUAUAUGAAGUGGUAGCAGAUGGAGAUUGCUUAUUUCGAGCGUUUGCUCAUCAACUGGAAAGGUGCACCGGAGAGAAGUAUUCGGUCCUUCAGUUGAGACAACUAGUGGCCUCCACUAUAUGGAAAGAAAAGGAUAGAUAUUUGCCUUUUCUUACCGAAGAAGAAGGAGUUGCAUAUCAUGAGAAUAUCGAGAGAUAUUGUUCGGAUCUUGAGGAGAGAAAACUUUGGGGUGGAGAGUUGGAACUCAAAGUGCUAUCAGAAAUAUUUUCAGUUCCUAUUCAAAGAAGAUGACCAACUCACAAGUGAUGAUUCGGUUAU